AUGGGUUCUAUACAAAGAGAUAAUGAUAUCUGGACAGAAUAUGGAGGAGUAGCUUACACAUAUAACGAAACAAGUGUCAUUUUAAUUGUUCCUGCUGGAAAAUCGAUAGGAAGAAUAAUAUACACAGGUGGUUUGUCUUUUAACGGAGUGUUCGAUGGUUCAUUUACUUCAGGCAAAGUUCGGAUCAGAGUUUGGAGAUUAUUUGACUGGCCAAAACCAGACUUUGUGCACAACUGUAAUCUAAUCAUAUCGACAGCUGAACCAUAUAAACUAGUAACACACUCUUUGAGACGAUUACCAGACUUUGUAACAGUACAGCUGAUUCUGGAUGAUGGCUUUGUUGCUGAUGGUCAAGGUGUAACCACCGUUACAGAGGAUGAUACAUUCACUAACCAUGUUUGUGGCGUAUUGUUUGGAAUAUCAACAACCUCAAUUACAUUAUGGGUCCCAAAUAAAAAUGAGGACUAUGUUAUAUGCUACAACGAUGGAUGGGGCAAUAUAUCUCGAGUUUAUGAUUCUGCACGAGUUGUUAUUAGAGCAUGGAUACUAUCUAAUGCUGACAUUGUUCAACGGGAAUCAUUUCCGUACUCACAUGGAGAUUUAAUCACAGGGACAGUCCCAACAAUGUGUUACCUCGAUCCCGAUAACUACAUCGUCAUUGUUGAGGUUAAAGAUGCCUCAAUUAGUGACGGGAAAGUGUUUUAUGCCGCCGGCACAGCAAGUUUAGGAAAGAUUAACGACCCUUUUGGAGGAGUUGUGUACGGUUAUAAUGAGACUGACGUUCUACUGUGGACACCGUCUGUAACCAAUGGUUACCUUAUCUAUGUGGAUGGAAUAUGGGGGGAUGGAACGGAAACAUUAAGAAUAUAUAAUGUCCAAAUAUCAGUGACGAUUAUAUCUACAAAUAAUUCAGUACACAAUGUCACUGCAAUCAACAUUGAUGAUGUCGUACAAGACUUAACUGUUUCUAAGAAAACAACAAGUACCUACAUACGGAGCCUGGUCAGUGUCUAUGAUCCGCGCCCCAGCGCUAAAGCCAUGGGAGCUGUUGGUGUAACCGUGCUGUGUCUUGUGCUUGGGUUAAUUGUUCUAGCAGACUGCGAUCUUCUUAUUAGGAAACUUUGUUUGAAAAAUGAAAAAAAUUGAAAUAGAUAUUGAUCAAAUCAAGAAAGAAAUAAUUAUGAAUAAAUGUUUAAUUCGUAUACUC